CUCAUAAAUGGAAACCCAGAGGAGGUGCGGUUGACAGCUGGCCCAGAAGUCAGUCCCACCAUCAUUAGGAUGAUGUUGCUGUUCUGUGUGUCUCCACUGUGAUCCAAAUCCCUCAGCUAAACAUAACUCAGAUGGUUGAACAAGAUGAACAAAAAUCAACUGAUUCAUGAUUUCCUAAAUGCUGUUUCAAGAGGUGAUGUGGGACUCAUCUGUGACCAUAUUAUUAACAUUCAUUCUAUCUUUGGAAGCCUUGACAUUCAGCACCCACAGACUGGAAAUACACCACUCAUUACUGCAGCAGAAGAGAAUUUAUCAGAGGUCGUUGGGUUUCUCCUGGAAAGGGGAGCAGAUACUACUCUUUGCAAUUACAGCAAUCAAACUGCUGUUCAUGUGGCCAGCCAUGCUAUCCAGAGACAACUCCUGGCAGCCCGUGGACUCCAAGCGCCCCAAAUGCAGCUCCUACAGAGCUCAUGGCAAGGUGAUCUUGAACACCUUCAACACUUACUGGCAUCGGAGGAAUUCUUGGAUCUCAAUUUCCCAAACCAGCAAGGCCUGACUGCACUGAUGCUGGCGGUGCGAGAUGUGGACCUGUUUGAGAGCCUGGACAUGCUAAGGGCCUACAGGCCGGAGGAGGUCCUGUCAGAGCUGCUGAGGCGUCGCGCAGAUCCCAAACUUUGUGACUUUAGUGGCAAAUCAGCAACACACUACGUGUCACAAAUACAGAGUUUGAGGAAACAGCAGUUAUUGGACAUCCUAACAAAUUCUAUCCCCCAAUCAGAAGAGCAUGCUGGAUCAUUACUUGACAUUUGUCAUGAUACCUGCUCUUCUCCAAUGGAUAUGACAAUUCCCAAAAAUCAGAACACAAUUUUGCAAAGAAUCAGCAGCAGUGAGGACUUUGACCAAGACAGUGGUUGCAGUCAGUCCAUAGUGGUGGGUAAGGAAGGAAACCCCAAGGGUGAAGAGGAAGAAGACUGGCCGCUCAGAACAGAAGGUGUGGACAUUAUUGUGACUUUUCCAAGUGAUUGGCCCCAAGAAAUGAACCGAGGAGAUUUGAAGGACAGCAAUGAAACUGAGAUGCUGGAUCCCAAGACGCAGACUCUGACCAUGCAGCCUUCACUUCUGGACAAAAAAGAAAGUUCCAAGGAGCUCUGUGACAUGAACUUGAGCUUUUCAGUUCCCCUUCCUUGCUUAGAACCAAGUAUCUGUAAGUCUGUCACCUGGCAAGAGGCUCCUUGUGUCCUCAAGGGGCAGCAAAGAAAAUCCGAAGAGUUUUCCAGCUCUGAUGUGAGACACAGUAGUGGAAGAAUUGAGUUCCCUUUGCCUCAGCUGUCAGCCUUGCGGGUGAGAUCAAGUCUCCGGUUCCCUGGAGAGAGAGAAGGAAGAAUGGCAGGCCUCACAGCUUUGGUGCCUCAGCUCUCUGAGCCUCUUAGUCAACCGGCUGAGUUUGGUCCAUCAAACCUGCAUCCGGAAGCCACACUGAAGGGAUGGGUAGACCCAGCGCUGGGGUUUUCUGAGAGUUCCAUUUGGUCCAGAAACAUGUGCUCUUUUCGUAAGGCGGACCAUCACAGGCAACCCGUGGAAGUGGAGGGGAAUUGGAAAUCCAAGGAAGCAGAAGGACAGAACAAGAUAGAAAUUCCCCAUUUUGGAAAGGGGCCGUCUUCGGUUUCCUUUGAGCAUUCUGAGGAAGGUUACACUCCUACAGAAAGGGGCAAGCACACUGAAUGCCACUUCAGUGAAGUGAGACAAGCUGAUGAGAACCUCCGAUGUCUUUCACUGAGACAACAAGAGGGUUCAAAAUCAGGGCAGUCUGAACAAGACCCAGAAAUUACAAGCACCAUCCCAGGCAUGCUCCCAGCAUCCCAGCCCACAGGAAGACCCACAGAUAAGGAGAAGGAGACCCCACACGAGAAAGAUUUGCAAGCAGAACAAAACUCACUGCUCAGAGCUGAAGCAAUGGAACCCCACGCUAUUCCAGAAGAGCUUACUGAUCUUAAAAGCAUGUCUGAUGGUCUCAUUGAGAAGCUCCCAGAAAGGCAUAGCAACAUGGACACAAGCAUAAAAACAACAGCAGCAGAAGCAAACAAAACAGAAAUGAAUGAGAUAUUGCCACUUGUCCGUAUCACGUUCCUUGGGGAUGGAACACCCAAGGAACCAGCUCCUGCUAAACCAAGCCUCCAGAAGAGAAAAAAUAUGCUUCAUAACAAUAGUUUCAACAUACUUGCACACCAAGAAAAUGACAAGUGUCACAUAAAUACCCACAGAAUCAAGUUGGAUCCAAGAACCAAGACCAACGACAGGAGCCCUCCAAAUUUCCUGCUUUCCAUCCCAGCUUUCAUUAAGCCCAGUGUGCAUAAAUUGAGCACAAAAACUCAAGUUUUCCCUGCUUUGGCGCUUGCUGAUCCCAGGCCUUGGCAGUCAUCUAAGCUUCCAAAGCAAAUGCCACAGGUAGAAAACAAACCAUCAACUUCCAGGACUCAGAAACCCAAAAAGCAGUCACUCCCUUGCAUCUGUGAAAAUACAGGCAUAAAAAAGGCAUACGUCCCUCUCUCUGAGGAAACAACGAAACCUAGGCCACAUUACCUGGACCUUAAGUAUAGUGACAUGUUCCAAGAAAUCAAUUCAACCGCUAAUGGGCCAGGCAUCUAUGAGAUGUUUGGAACCCCUGUUUAUUGUCGCAUGCGAGAGGCCAAACAACAUGAACUCAGACUCUACCGUGAGGUUUGCUCAGCUCCAUCAGGCAGGUGUGUCACCAGUAAAUGUCGAUCUUCACAUGGUGACAGGAGCAGCAAUAGCAGAACAAGACUGUCUCAGAAACGGUCACAUAUGAAACCCAAAAAGCCUUUGCUUGCCCUCAAGCAAAAGCAAAAAGGUUUAAUUCCUAAAGAAAUGGGUUGCAAGGCUAGAGAGAGUGACAUAAAAGGUGUUGAAAAUGGGGGUGGAAGUUCACAACCAGAAUGGCAGAUAAAACCCCCAGGAAAUGACUUUCUAUCUUCAAGAGAUGAUGCCCAGCCUGAAAACUUGACCCAGACUCCUGAGCAGUCCUGGGAACAGAGAGACUUCCUCCCUGUUUCUGAUCUCUCCAUAGUUGAGGAAAUCUUCAUGGAAGACUCUCUCGAGGAAAGAGAACAUCCUAACAAUCACAUGCUCACCACCAGGCUCAGAGAUCUACAAGAACGUGCAGAGCGACAUCACCAGAACCCUCCAAAAAACAGCUGGGCUGUGCCCAGUGAGAAUCCAAGCACCCACGUAUUACAAGAAAAGGAGAACACAGCUUCUCUUGAUAAAAUAAAUGUCAGUCCAAUGUUAAUGAAUUACCUAGAGUUUGAUUGUGUUUCAGAUAAGUCUCAAACCUUUGCGAGUGCUCCGAGUUGGAGCAGUCCUUCCUCAGCCGAUCAACACUGGGCCCGUUCUCUGGAUCAGGACAGUUUAGAAAACACAUCAAUCUCAUACCACACCCUUGGAAAAACUCCCCAUGAUACAGAUUCGAUUUCCCCAGAAAUCCUAGACUUGGUAAAGCAUGAAGAACUGACAGAUGAGUUACUGGGUUGUUUAGCUGCAGAACUAUUAGCUCUUGAUGAGAAAGAUAACAGCUCUUGCCAAAUCCUGGCAGGCGAGGCAGAUCCUGAAAGCCUUGAUCUUUUCUGCAGUAGGAGAGCAAACACUGUCAAAGAAUUGGGCUGGGAGACGACAGACAUCAAGCUACAGAGGUAUAGUAGUGGGUUCAGGAUAUAUGACAGAGAUGAGAAAUUUUCUAACACAGAUGAAAAGAAGACAUUUUCUGAAAAGAGCUUAAAACACGAAGAAGCUAUCUUGUGGACCAAGGGCGAGAUCCUUGGGAAGGGAGCCUAUGGCACAGUAUACUGUGGCCUCACCAUCCAAGGACAGCUAAUAGCUGUAAAGCAGGUAGCCUUGGAUACCUCUGAUAAACUGGCCACUAGAAAGGAGUACCGGAAGCUGCAGGAAGAGGUAGAUUUGCUCAAAGCACUGAAACAUGUCAAUAUCGUGGCGUAUCUGGGGACGUGCUUGGAAGCGGACACCCUCAGCAUUUUCAUGGAGUUUGUUCCCGGCGGCUCCAUCUCCAGCAUUAUACAUCGCUUUGGGCCAUUGCCUGAGACCGUGUUCUGUAAGUACACAAAACAAAUCCUGCAGGGUGUCGCCUAUCUCCAUGCGAACUGUGUGGUCCAUCGGGAUAUCAAAGGGAACAACGUCAUGCUCAUGCCCACAGGAGUCAUCAAGCUCAUUGAUUUUGGCUGUGCCAAGCGUCUGGCCCGGGUGGGCUUAAAUGGCACCCACAGUGACAUGCUGAAGUCCAUGCAUGGAACUCCAUACUGGAUGGCCCCAGAAGUCAUCAAUGAGUCUGGCUAUGGAAGGAAGUCAGAUAUCUGGAGCAUUGGCUGUACAGUGUUUGAGAUGGCCACAGGGAAGCCCCCACUGGCCUCCAUGGACAGGAUGGCAGCUUUGUUUUACAUCGGAGCCCACCGAGGGCUCAUGCCUCCUCUACCCGAGCACUUCUCAGAACCUGCAGUAGACUUUGUGCGCGUGUGCCUGACCAGAGACCAGCACGAGAGGCCUUCUGCUGUCCGGCUCUUGGAGCACCCCUUCUUGCAGAGCAGUCUCUGAGCACGCCAUCUUCCCCCCAGGCUUCAUAUGCUCCCGUCCUGCUUAUUAGU